ACAGUCGCGCCGCUGACGCAGUUUGUUGUUGGUCUCUGGCUCCACAACAUGGCGGCGCGCUGGAGCAGCGAGAAUGUGGUGGUGGAGGUUAGGGACUCGCAGGCAACUGCAAUGUCUGUGAACUGCCAUGGUCAACUUGCGGUGCUCUCAGGGCGCCGCUUCUUAUAUGUUAUAAAUUUAGAUGCUCCUUCAGAAGUACCAAAAAAGAUUGCAAGGCAGAGUAAAUGGGACAUUGGGGCUGUGCAGUGGAACCCACAUGAGACCUCCUCUCAUUACUUUGCAGCUUCAUGUAACCAACGGGUGGACCUAUACAAAUGGCUUGAUGGAAAUGGCGAGAUCCACACUUCACUGCAGGGUCAUACCCGUGUUAUAAGUGAUUUGGAGUGGUCAUGGUUUGAACCCGAGUUGCUUGUUACAAGUUCUGUUGACACCUACAUCUACAUUUGGGAUGUCAAAGAUACACGAAAACCAUCGGUAUCAUUGUCAGCUGUAGCUGGAGCCUCUCAGGUGAAAUGGAACAAGAAAAACCCUUAUUGCUUGGCAACUAGUCAUGAUGGAGAUGUCCGAAUCUGGGACAAACGGAAACCUAACACAGCGGUAGAAUAUAUAGCUGCUCACUUGUCAAAAAUCCAUGGGCUGGACUGGCACCCAGAAAAUGAACACAUCUUUGCUACAUCAAGCCAAGACAAUUCGGUCAGGUUCUGGGAUUACCGCCAACCGCGGAAGUAUCUAAACAUCCUCUCUUGUCAAGUGCCAGUGUGGAAGGCGCGGUACACGCCUUUCACCAAUGGCUUGGUAACAGUGAUGGUCCCACAAUUACGUCGUGGUGAGAACAGCCUUCUGCUCUGGAACAUAUUAGAUUUAAAUGUUCCAGUUCAUACCUUUGUUGGACACGAUGAUGUAGUACUAGAAUUUCAGUGGCGUAAACAGGUGGAAGAUAUGAAGGACUAUCAGUUGGUUACCUGGUCACGUGACCAGACUCUGAGGAUGUGGCGAAUUGACAUGCAGUCACACAAGCUCUGUGCAAAUGACAUGUUGGAUGGCGAUGAGUUAAUUGAUGGUGUUUCCCUGCUCCCAGAGACAGAUAAAGUCCUUCAUUCACACGAUACAGACCCUCACCCAACAUUAAGUCACGUAAAUGAGGAUGAUGAAGCACUGAGGGAAGAUUUUCAUAAUCAUGCAACCAUCAGUUCUAAACCAGAUUAUCUUGGGCUACCGCAGACAUUGCAACAAGAAUUCUCAUUGGUUAACCUGCAAAUCCGCAAUGUGAUGGUAGAUGAGAUGGAUGCUAUAAAUCGCAACUGCACAGUCUCAGUGCAUUGUGGUAAUCUACGAGUGAAGAUGGUUGUGAUUUUUCCAGUACAGUACCCGAACAAUGCUGCUCCUUCCUUCCAGUUCAUUAAUCCCACCACCAUCAGUUCCAGCAUGAGGACUAAACUCCUUAAGAUUCUGAAGGACACAUCCAUUCAGAAAGUAAAGCGAAAUCAGAGCUGCCUGGAACCCUGUCUACGCCAGCUGGUGUCUAGCCUGGAAGGCAUUGUGAAUCAGGACAACAAUGGCUCUGCUAACUCUCAGAAUCCAUUUGUCCUCGGAAACUCUGUGACUCCACCACUGCCGACUUUCCCAAGAGUCACUAACACGUAUGGUUCCUACCAAGAUGCAAACAUUCCUUUUCCUCGCACUUCUGGAGCACGCUUCUGUGGAGCUGGUUAUCUUGUGUACUUCAUGAGACCAAUGACUCUUCAUCGAACAGUGUCUCCAACAGAGCCCACACCCAGGUCACUCUCAGCACUCUCCGCAUAUCACAGUGGAGGAAUCACCCCGAUGAAGAUCCGAACAGAAUCGCAGAGUAAUUUGAGGUUGUAUAGUGGGAGUCCAACUCGCAGCGAGAAGGAGCUGGUGUCCAUUAGUUCCUUCUAUUACAAGGAGCGAAUGUCUCCUCUCUCCAACCGUCGACGCUGGUCCAUUCAAGCCAUUAAUGAGUUCCCGAAAUCACGUCGAUGGAAAGGAAAGCGAGAAGGAACCGAUGCAAACAAUCGUCCGAUCAAAGCUGCAGGGAAAGUCAUCAUCCAGGACAUCUCCUGUCUCCUGCCAGUACACAAGUCACUGGGGGAAUUAUACAUACUGAAUGUGAAUGACAUCCAAGAUACUUGUCAGAAGAAUGCUGCUGCAGCUUUAUCAGUUGGACGCAGAGACCUUGUUCAGGUGUGGUCUUUGGCUGCUGUUGCGACAGACUCCUUUCUCAGUCCACAUCCGGAUCCUGACAUAGAGACACCGUGGGCACGGCAUCCAUUUGGCAGGCAGCUCCUUGAAUCGCUUCUGACCCAUUACAGCACAAUACAUGAUGUUCAGACUCUAGCAAUGCUAUGCAGUGUGUUUGAGGCCCAGUCCAGGCCUCCGGACUGCUAUGGCAGCAUGGGCGCACAAAUUUACCAGCGCAAUUCUAUCUCUACUCCUUUUCUACAUUGUUCAGGCUAUGCUUCUUCAGGUUCCUAUUCAAGCACAUCUGAAACUAUUGUCGGAUCCACUGGAUGGAACAUAGCUGGUCGGGAAUCAGAACACCUCAGUUCUUGGUGCUAUGAGUCGCCAGAUGACUAUCGUUAUGGAAACCAUAUCUACGCUGAUCCAAAAGAGCGGGAGAAGGAGCAACAUGAAAAGAACAAAAAGCUACUCGAUCCAGCCAACAUACUACAAUAUGAUGAUUUUAAGAAAUGUUAUGGGGAGAUACUGUACCGCUGGGGUUUGCGAGAGAAACGAGCAGAGGUGCUAAAGUUUGUCUCUUGCCCUCCAGACUCUCAUAAGGGAAUAGAAUUUGGAGUGUACUGCUGUCACUGCCGGAGUGAGGGUCGAGGAACACAGUGUGAUAUUUGCAAAGGCUUCACUUUUCAAUGUGCCAUCUGCCAUGUUGCUGUCCGAGGGUCUGCGAACUUCUGUCUUACCUGUGGGCAUGGUGGCCAUACUAGUCACAUGAUGGAGUGGUUCCGGACCCAGGAAGUGUGCCCCACAGGCUGUGGCUGCCAUUGCUUGCUCGAGAGCACAUUUUGAAAACAGCCUUCCGCCACUAUUAGUAGAAGAUGACUUGGAUGGCAUGCCAAAAUAUUCCAUCUUUUGCUCAUCAUCGAAGCUGUGACCGUCAGUUGAAGCGAGAUAUGCAGAUGUCAAUCAGAGGGAAACUUUGUGUAGUUUCAUUGGUCGAGAUGCCAGGGCAAAGUCUUCAGCAUUUCAAAUCUUCUGGUCUCCUUUUAGCGAGUGAGGUGGUGUGGAUUGCACAUGGGUCUCACAACAAUGAAUGGUUAAAUUCAAAACCAAAACUUAUUUAUAAAAACAUUUUCUUAAAGGAACAUGAAAUAAAGUGUGUAUUUGUUUCAUUGCUGGUAAUGGUCACUGUGCAAUAGAUUAUGCACAGUAACAUGAAAAAUAAUGUGCAGCAAAUGCAACUCCAGAAGUGAAAUUAUGUCAAUGGAGUAGACCCAGUUCUACAGAAGUAUUAACUGGAGUGGCUUCUGUAAAUAGUUUCUCAUUCUCUGUUGUUGAUCAUUUUCCAUAUUGUUUGAGAGCGUUUGAUAAAUUUCAUAAGUUCAAGAGGAAUAAUUACAUUGACCAGUGAUGACAAGUGCUGCCUUCAUUCCUAGAAGCUAAAUAAAAAUCUUGGCAUCUGCACUUGCUCGAAAUAUCCUAAUAACGAGUUUGUGCAGUGUUGUUUGUCAAAUGGGUAUAAGACCGAGAAUUCAACUUCCUUGAAUUUGGCACUAAUUUGAGAAUGUCACUCAAUAUGUUGCAGAGCAGAUGAUGUGGAAAAUUGGGAAAACAAUCACUUUUAUAUGGGAAUGCACAGAUACAGAAUGUGCCAGAAUAGAGGGAGUUUUACUAAUUGUGCAAUACAUAGUACUAACACUUGAGGGACUAAUUCUUGAAGUCUGUAAUUAUGAAGUAUAGGAGGGCAAUUCAUGAACAGAUUGAUGCUAUGCCAUGUUUUACUGCCUUUACUGUAAUCUUAAGAGCCUUUCCAACAAAGCUUGCAGAUUUGUCAGAGAUGAUGAAUUAUCUGGCAAUUGUGGGGUUAUAUUGAAUAAAAUGAUUUAAACAUAGAUUGAUCCAUGAUGCAGGCAGGCAAUGAAUGUUUACCAGAUCUGUUUACCAUUGUUAUUGGGAUAGGAUCUAUUGAUUUGUGCAAGUAAUGCAGAGCUCCAUUGUUAAUAUUUUGGUUUUCACUGGGCACUUUAACAUUAGAUAGGAGCAUGUAACCAUUGCUAAGAUUUAUUUCUCCAAUGCGAGUACUUUGUCUGCAGAAGCAGUGAAUCUUAAAGGAGAAGCAGUUUUCAAUGUAUCCUCAGUUGCCGUUUAAUAUGGUCACCCUGUGUAUAUAUAGACUCUUGUCCUUCUAGGAAGUGCUCUCAGCAGAUUUAUCGGAGUGUGUCAGCAGAUUGUCAGCAUGCUUAAGGAAUGCUGGAGCUAAAUUCCAUUCACUAGUAUUGACGAUAAACUAAAAUAGUAAGUUCUUCACAAUUUAAUUUACAGAACUCUCUCCAUUCUCCUUGGUCUAUCCGGUGGUACUUGUGUUAAAGACAGAACUAAUAACUGAAUCCGAAUGCCCUAAUUGUGGCAUUUUAAUAUUAUUUGGCCAUGUUAACUUUAAAUUUACAUGAAUCUAUUGUUUACUUUUCUGAACAAUUCACCACCUGCUUCCUAUCUGUGUUUGAAUAACUAAUGCCCAGAAUUGAAACCCAAUAUCGUAUGAAGCAAAUUGCUUGUUCUGCUGUUCAUUAAAAUUGCCAGUUUUUCUACCAUGUACUAAUCCAGAUAGUAAAUACUGAUCCAGUGCCACCCCACCCCUACCUCCCAUUUCCUUGCCACUGCUUGCCUCUUUCCCAGUUUCAUGCCCAGCACCUUCUGUGCCUCAUCGCUUAGGUCUCUGUCAAUGUUUUUUUUUGUGGCAUCCGGUAAACAAGUUUAUUUU